AAAUUAUCAUAGGACACAGUCUUUUUUUAAUUAUUCCAGCACCUGUAGCAUUAUUUCAAAUAAUUCUUGAUUAAACAGUUUUACUUAGUUUUUGAAUGUUAUGAUCAAACGAUGUGAGCUCAUUGUAUAUCUAAUUAAAUCAGUAAUAUCUAUUAUAAAAUAUUAUGAGUGGAAAUUUAAACAGUACUUUCAACUAUGUUUAUAGUUGUUCUUUAGAAACUAAUGUUCAAAUUAAAGUAGGCACCCUUGAGGGUAUUAAACAUAAAAUUGACUAUGAGAAAAUACUUAGUGAUCCCAUGAAAAAAUUCAAUGGUUUAUAUCAAAAACCAAUUUCUGAUUUGAUUGUAUACUGUCAAGUUUAUAGUGAUGGUAAACCUUUAAGCCUACCUGUAUCAACUUCUUACAAACAUUUUACAAAUCGCUGGAGUUGGAAUGAAUGGGUUGUUUUACCAAUUCAAUUUAGUGAUCUCCCAAGAAAUGCACUACUGACAUUAACAGUGUAUGAUUGUGCUGGACCAAAUACAAUGACUGCUGUUGGUGGGACAUCUAUAUCUUUAUUUGGAAAGCAUGGAGUAUUCCGUCAAGGUAUGAUAGAUCUUAGAGUGUGGCCUGAUAGAGAAGCAGAUAGUAGUAUAUUAGGUACACCUGGAAAAUGUUUGUCUGAUACAAAUCGUAUGCAGUCUUUGGCAAAAUUAGCAAAACAACAUCGAAAUGGCAAUAUGCCUGAAGUUGAUUGGCUAGAUAGACUGACAUUUAGAGAAAUUGAGUUAAUCAAUGAAAAAGAAAAAAAAACAUCUAACUUUCCAUACUUAAUGAUAGAAUUUCCAGAAAUUCUAUCAAACGGUACAGUGUACAAUGUCGUUCACUAUGAACAAGACGGUGAUGAAAUUUAUCCUUUUAGAGUUAAUCCUGAUAUUGUAACAGUACCUGAUGCUGAAGUUAUGCAAGAAAAUCUGGUUGAAAGUAAACAUCAUAAACUUGCUAGAAGUUUGAGAAGUGGUAUAUCUGAUAAAGAUGCUAAACCAACCGCGACUAUAAGGGAUAUGUUAAACACUAUUGUAGGUUAUCCUCCUACAAAAAUGUUAACUACUGAAGAACAAGAUCUUAUAUGGAAAUACAGAUUUUAUUUAUGCAACCAAAAAAAAGCUCUUACAAAAUUUUUGGAAUGUGUAAAUUGGAAAUUGCAUGGAGAGGCUAAACAAGCAUUAGACAUGAUGUACCAAUGGGCGCCAAUGGAUGUAGAUGAUUCCUUACGAUUACUUAGUCCUGCAUUCAAACAUUUAUCAGUCAGGAAAUAUGCUGUAGAACGUUUACAACAAGCUACUGAUGAAGAUUUACUGUUAUAUUUACUUCAAUUAGUACAAGCACUUAAAUAUGAAAAUUUUGAACAUAUAACUAAUAGUUUGAAAUUAAUGGAAGACAAAUAUCCUGUAACAGAUAGUCUUACAGAAUCUGUGUCAAGCUUAAGUUUAAAAGAUAGUACUGAAAGUAAUAUACCUUGUACUAUUAAUCAUUUUGAAAUGUGUAAACCUGAAGACAUGGACUUGGCCCGUUUUCUCAUUCAUAGAGCUAGUAAAAAUUUUAGUUUAGCAAAUUACUUUUAUUGGUACUUGAUGAUUGAAUGUGAAGAUCAAGAUUUAACUAUUAAACAAGAUAUAAAAGUUCGUAACAUGUAUUUGAGUGUAAUGAAAACUUUUUUAAUGACAUUAUAUAAUGGUAAUGCUGAAUGUCAAAGAAUUCAUGCUAAUUUAACUAGACAACAAAACUUCAUUGAUCGUUUAGUUCGCAUUGUAAAGGCAGUUGCAAGAGAAAGUGGUAAUCGAAAGAAAAAAAUUGAUAAACUUCAAGCCCUUCUUAUUGAAGCUGAUUCAAAGUUUAGCUUUAUGGCAUUUGAUCCAUUGCCUUUGCCACUAGAUCCCAGCAUUCUAAUUACUGGUAUCAUACCUGAAAAAGCUGUACUUUUCAAGUCUGCAUUGAUGCCUUCAAGAUUAACAUUUAAAGUACAAGAUAAUAAAGAAUAUGUUGCCAUUUUUAAGCACGGUGAUGAUUUACGCCAAGAUCAACUCAUUUUGCAAAUAAUUACACUGAUGGAUAAGCUUUUGAGGAGUGAAAAUUUAGAUUUAAAAUUAACACCAUAUAGAGUAUUGGCAACAAGUACUAGACAUGGUUUUGUACAAUUUGUAAAUUCAUUACCUGUAGCAGAAAUUUUAGCAACUGAAGGUUCUAUUCAAAAUUAUUUCCGUAAAAAUCAUCCAAAUGAUAAUGCACUAUUUGGAAUUUCUACAGAUAUCAUGGAAAAUUAUAUUAAAAGUUGUGCGGGUUAUUGUGUCAUUACCUACUUGCUGGGUGUAGGUGAUCGUCACUUUGAUAAUUUACUAUUAACUUCAACUGGAAAAUUAUUUCACAUUGAUUUUGGAUAUAUAUUAGGAAGAGACCCUAAGCCAUUACCUCCACCAAUGAAACUUAGCAAAGAAAUGGUUGAGGCAAUGGGAGGUGUUAAUAGUGAAUAUUAUCACGAGUUCAGAAAACUUUGUUAUACUGCAUUUUUACAUUUAAGAAGACACGCCAAUCUUAUACUUAACUUGUUUUCAUUAAUGGUAGAUGCUAGUGUACCAGAUAUUGCAUUAGAACCAGAUAAAACUGUCGAUAAAGUUCAAGAUAAAUUUAGACUAGAUUUAGGUGAUGAAGAAGCAGUACACUAUUUUCAAAAUUUAUUGGAUGUUUCAGUCACUGCUGUUAUGGCAGUUCUUGUUGAACAGCUUCAUAAAUUUGCCCAAUAUUGGCGAAAAUAAAAUUUAUUGUUUAUAAAUAUUAAUACUUUUAUUUUAUAUGUUAAAAUACUGGAAAAAAUAUAAAUAACUUAUAUAUGAUGA